CGGACGGCCCCGGGGAUGGCGGCGGCGGCGGCGGCGGCGGCUGAGCGGGAGGUUGAGAGUGGGGCCUGGGGGGAGGCUGCUCCGGGAGCCGAGCGGCAGCCGGAGCCGGAAAGCGGAGAGGCCGAGCACGAGUCGCAGGGCUCGGCCUGGGAAGAGCUGAAGGCGGAGGGCGGGCGGCGGGCCUCCGGGGACUCGGAGAGCGGAGCCGGCGGCCGGAGGAACGACGGAUACACCUUCUACAGAGACCGGAAGGAAUGGGCUGAUGUUAAGCCAGUUCCACAGGAUGAUGGCCCCAAUCCAGUUGUUCAGAUUGCUUACUCUGAGAACUUUAAAGAUGUGUAUGAUUACUUCAGGGCUGUUCUAAAGCUUGAUGAACGGAGUGAGCGAGCACUCAAUCUGACGACCGAUGCAAUAGAACUGAAUGCUGCAAAUUACACAGUAUGGCAUUUCCGCAGAGUGGUGUUGCAGUCUUUGAACAAGGACCUCAACGAGGAAUUAAUUUACAUCUCGGACAUCAUUGAGGACCAACCCAAGAACUAUCAAGUUUGGUAUCACAGACAGAAGAUUGUGGAAUGGUUAAAAGAUGCUUCGCAGGAGCUGGGAUUUAUUUCUGGGAUACUCAAACAAGAUGCAAAAAACUACCAUGCCUGGCAGCACAGACAGUGGGUGAUUAAGGAAUUCAACCUUUGGAAUAAUGAACUAGCGUAUGUGGAUCAGCUGCUAGAACAGGAUGUGCGAAAUAACUCUGCGUGGAACCAGCGAUAUUUUGUCAUUUCAAACACCAGCGGUUUUGAUGAUGCUGCAGUACUUGAUCGUGAAGUCGAGUAUACCCUGAAGUUGAUCAAAAAGGCUCCUCAUAACGAAAGUGCAUGGAAUUAUUUGAAGGGAAUUCUACAGGAUCAGAUUCUCUCCAAGUAUCCCAACCUUUUGGAGCAGAUUUUGCAAUUGAUGGAGCAAUUUAGUUCCCCCUACUUGAUUGCUUUCCUUAUUGACAUAUAUGAAGACCUCUUGGAGAACAACUGUGAAAACAGGGAAGCGAUCCUAAACAAAGCACUGGAGCUGUGUGAGAGUCUGGCUGUAAAACGAGAUACAAUCCGACAGGAAUACUGGAGAUACUUUGCAAGAUGCCUGAAUGAUAAGUAUGGUGUUAAGCAGGAAGGCACUGAGCCUGCAGAAUGUGAAGACUCCCUUCAAGAGAGCUGAAGUAGCUGAAAGCCAUUAUUGCAGUUUGCAUCUCUAGUAUGCAGGGCAAAAAAAGUGAUCAAUAAUGAUUGUUUUUUCACAUUCCUCUUUAAUUUUCUCAACAUCUACAGAGCACCCUUGUGUAUGUAAAUGUGUAAAAACAUAACUUUUUGUACGUGUAUAUAUAUUAUUUGAAGUGCAAAGCUAGGAAUAAUUAACAACUGUCCAACUACAUUUUGUCACUUUUUUGCCUUGAAUGCACACUUACAAUUAUGUUCUCUUGUGUUCUAUUUCGUUUGUAACUAAGUCAGCUUUAUUCAGGGGGGAUAGAUAUCGAAUUUUAUUUAAAAUAUUACAUUUUUUUAGUUGCCAUUAUUGCAAUUAAAAUAUUUACAAAGCUACAUUGUCAGUGUUGUAUAGUUUAUACUUUCUGCCAAUAAAAUCUUCUGUGGAAGUGG